UUUCCUUUCAGCAAAGCUGCACAGACAUGGCAUUGCCUUCAUAGGACCCCCAGAAAAAGCUAUGUGGGCUCUGGGAGACAAAAUUGCGUCAAGCAUUGUUGCCCAGACAGCAGAAAUCCCAACCUUGCCUUGGUCUGGCUCAGGUGUCAAAGCCCAGCACAAUGGCUUAGACUCGAAUGCAACUCUGAAGAUCCCACGAGAGCUGUACCAGAAGGGAUGCGUGGAGGAUGCAGAGGAAGCUCUCAAGGCGGCCCAGAAGAUUGGCUUCCCGGUCAUGAUCAAAGCUUCUGAAGGAGGGGGAGGAAAGGGCAUUCGCAAGGCAGAGUCUGAAGACAACUUUCCAGCAUUGUUCAGACAGGUGCAAGCUGAGGUUCCUGGUUCCCCUAUAUUCAUUAUGAAGCUGGCGCAGUGUGCUCGCCAUUUGGAAGUACAGAUUAUUGCAGAUGUCUAUGGUCAUGCUAUCUCCCUCUUUGGCCGAGACUGUUCGGUCCAGAGGCGUCACCAGAAGAUUAUUGAGGAAGCUCCUUGUGUCAUUGCCAAUCCUGAUGUGUUUUAUAAGAUGGAGCAGGCUGCUGUAAAACUAGCAAAAUUGGUAGGUUAUGUUAAUGCUGGCACUGUAGAAUACCUGUAUGACAAUGAUGGGAACUUCUACUUCUUGGAACUUAAUCCCAGACUGCAGGUGGAGCACCCAUGCACAGAGAUGAUCACAGAUAUCAACCUUCCAGCUGCCCAGUUACAGAUUGCAAUGGGUAUUCCUUUGCAUAGAAUAAGAUGUGUAAGAGCACUCUAUGGAGAGUCUCCGUGGGGUGAUUCAAUUAUAAACUUUGAUGAGCCCAAGAGGAAACCUGUACCAAAAGGCCACUGUAUUGCUGCUCGUAUUACAAGUGAAAACCCAGAUGAAGGGUUCAAGCCAAGCUCAGGAACAGUACAGGAACUGAACUUCAGGUCAAGCAAGAACGUCUGGGGUUACUUCAGCGUUUCAGCAUCAGGUGGUCUCCAUGAAUAUGCUGAUUCACAGUUUGGUCAUUGUUUCUCAUGGGGAGAGAACAGAGAAGCUGCAAGAGAGAAUCUGGUCAUAGCACUGAAGGAGUUGUCUAUCCGAGGAGACUUCAGGACAACUGUAGAAUACCUUGUGACUCUUCUCGAGACAGAUACAUUCCAACAGAACUCCAUUGAUACUGGCUGGCUUGACCACCUAAUUGCUGCCAGAGUACAGGGCAAGAAGCCUGACACCAUGAUGGCAGUUAUGUGUGCUUCUGUACUUAUUGCAGACAACACCAUCCAGGAUGCCUUCAACCACUUCCAGAAUUCCUUAGAAAAAGGUCAGGUCUUGCCCCUGAAGUCCCUGACCAAUGUUGUUGAGGUUGAUUUGAUCUCUGAAGGUACCAAGUAUCAUGUAAAAGCCACAAAAUCUGGUCCAACACAGUACUUCCUAGUGCUCAAUGGAACCCACAAAGUAGUUGAUUUCUUCCGUAUGAGUGAUGGUGGCCUCCUCUUGUCACUUGAUGGGGUUAGUCAAGUUACUUAUCUCAAGGAUGAAGUUGACAAGUACCGUCUCACCAUUGGACACCAGACGUGUGUUUUUGAUAAGGAAAAUGAUCCAACUGUUUUAAGAACCUCAGCUCCUGGUAAACUUAUAAACUACCUGCAGGAGGAUGGCAGUCAUAUGUUUGUUGGGCAGGCAUAUGCAGAGAUUGAGAGCAUGAAGAUGGUCAUGGCUCUGACAGUAUCUGAGUCAGGGUGCGUGUUCCACCUUAAACGGCCUGGAGCAAUUCUCAAUGCUGGCGACACCAUUGCUCGCCUGGAGCUUGAUGAUUCCUCCCGCAUCACCAGGGCCCAGGCCUUCACAGGAGGCUUCCCUCCAAGCAAAACUCCACUGCCAAGAGAAGAUGAAAAGUUGAACCACAUUUACCACACCUGCAGAACUGUGCUUGAUAAUAUUCUAAGUGGAUUCUGCCUCCCUGAUGAAUUCUUCACAUCAAUGGUGAAAGAAACUGUGCAAAAGCUGAUGUGUGUUUUAAGAGAUCCCAACUUACCCCUCUUGGAGCUGCAGGAGGUCAUUUCAUCUAUUUCUGGGAGAAUACCACAAGCUGUAGAAAAGAAGAUUAGGAAAUACAUGUUGAUUUAUGGUAGCAAUGUCACCUCCAUGUUAGCACAGUUCCCCUCACAGGAGAUUGCCAGUGCAAUUGACAGCCAUGCAGCAUCUCUCCAAAAGAAAGACCGUGAUGUGUUCUUUGUUACAACACAAGGGUUGGUGCAGCUCUGCCAGCGCUACAAGAAGGGUAGUCGCGGCCGCAUGACUCAGGUAGUUCAGGAAAUGCUCAAGACCUAUUUGCAGGUGGAAACUCAGUUCCAACAUGGUUCAUAUGACAAAUGUGUCCAUGGACUGAGAGACAAGAACAAGGAUGAUAUGGCCAGUGUCCUCUCUACACUAUUCUCACACUCACAAGUAGCAAAGAAGAAUCAGAUGGUCAUUCUUCUGAUUGAGCAUCUGUGUGGUCAUGAGCCAGGGAUCACAGAUGAUUUGUCAGCCAUUUUGGAGCAGCUGACCAAGCUCAACAGCUCAAAGCAUUCUCGUGUUGCACUACGAGCACGUCAAGUGCUUAUAGCAGCCCACCAACCUGCAUAUGAGCUCCGCUACAACCAAAUGGAGUCAAUCUUCCUUCCUGCUAUAGAUAUGUAUGGCCAUUCCUUCCAUCCAGAAAAUCUCCAAAAACUCAUUUUGUCUGAGACUUCAAUAUUUGAUGUCUUGCAUGCUUUCUUCUACCACACAAACACAGCUGUGCGUAUGGCUGGCUUGGAGGUUUAUGUUCGACGUGCGUACAUCAGCUACGAACUGACUUGCCUGCAGCACAAGGAACUUUAUGGUGGAGUUUGUGUAGUGUUCUUCCAGUUCCUUUUGCCAUCUUCCCAUCCAAACAGAAUUCCUCACAACAAAGUGUGGAGCACCUUAGAGUACACGGACCCACACCACACCCCCAUCGAUCCUCCAACCAAUCUUGAGAACUGCCAGCGCAUGGGCAUCAUGGCCACCUUCACGACCUUUGGGGAGUUUGAGAUCUAUUUCAGUGACCUGAUGGACUUCUUCCAGCCAGCAGAACAUGGUGUGCUGGAGGGAGAAUUAAGUCCCAGGGAUCACCUUAGCAGUUCCAUAAAAUUGGGAUCUUCUUUCAGUGACUUUAUUGGUGAACACAAGGAAGCCAAAGACCCAAUCCACAUCAUGAACAUUGGCAUUCGGAUGGAGGAGGAAAAGGAUGAUUCAGAGCUAAGUGAACAAUUUGCCAUCUUCUGUGCAAGCAAGAAGAAGGAAUUCCAUGAGGCAGGCAUCCGACGAAUCACCUUUGUUAUCUUCUACAAGCAGCAAUUCCCAAGAUAUUUCACCUACAGACCUAGACAUCUGUUGAAACACAUUGCCAAUCCCCUUGACCCAAGGUCGAGAGAUGAAUUCCAAGAAGACCGGAUCUACCGCCACUUGGAACCUGCUCUGGCCUUCCAGCUGGAGAUCAACCGCCUCCGCACGUACGAUCUGGAAGCCCUUCCUACAUCAAACCGCAAAAUGCACUUGUAUCUGGCCAAAGCGAAGGUGGCAGAUGGGCAAGAGGUUACUGAUUUCCGCUUCUUCAUCCGCUCAAUCAUCCGCCACUCAGACUUGAUCACUAAGGAGGCAUCCUUUGAAUACUUGGAGAAAGAGGGGGAGAAGCUGCUUCUUGAGGCCAUGGAUGAGCUGGAGGUGGCAUUCUCGCACCAACUGGCAAAGAGGACUGACUGCAAUCAUGUGUUCCUCAACUUUGUGCCAACAGUCAUCAUGAACCCUUCAAAGAUUGAAGACUCCAUAAGAUCCAUAGUAAAUCGCUAUGGACGCCGCCUGUGGACUCUGCGUGUGCUUCAAGCAGAGAUCAAGAUGACCAUUCGUCAAACACCUCAGAGCAAGACUAUUCCAAUUCGGCUGACUUUGUCCAAUGAGUCUGGCUAUUACUUGGACAUGCACUUAUAUCGAGAAGUUACGGAUAAGCUCACUGGUCAGAUCAAGUUUGAGGGCUUUGGGGCUCGGCAGGGACCUCUCCAUGGCCUUCCCAUCUCCACGCCCUACAUGACAAAGGACUAUCUCCAGCUUAAGAGGUUCCAAGCACAAACCAAUGGCACAACUUACGUGUACGACUUCCCAGAGAUGUUCCGUCAGGCCCUGGAGAGGGUGUGGGAGGAGUACCUAGCUGAGAGAGGAGGAGGUGAAGUCCCAAAUCAUCUGAUGAGCAUAGUCGAGCUAGUUUUAGAUCAAGAGGACCAGCUGGUAGAGGAAAAGAGAUUGCCAGGAGAGAAUAAUAUUGGCAUGGUUGCCUGGCGCAUGACGCUGCACACACCAGAGUAUCCUGAUGGCCGUGACAUCAUUGUCAUCUGUAAUGACAUCACCUACCAAAUAGGAUCCUUUGGCCCACAUGAGGACAUUCUGUUCCUGAAAGCCUCACAGUUUGCUAGGCACCACAAGAUACCAAGGAUUUACAUCGCUGCAAAUUCUGGUGCUCGUAUUGGACUUGCCGAAGAAAUCAAGCAUCUUUUCAGGGUUGCUUGGGAAGAUCCUUCAGAGCCAGACAAGGGCUUCAAAUACCUGUAUCUGACUCCUGAAGAUUUUAAGAAGAUAUCAGCUCUUGACUCCAUCCACGCGGAACUCAUAGAGGAUAAUGGGGAAGCUCGUUAUAAAGUCAAUCACAUUAUUGGAAAAGAUGAUGGUCUUGGUGUUGAGAAUCUUCGUCAUUCGGGAAUGAUAGCUGGCGAGACAUCACAGGCUUACAGGGAAAUCGCAACUUACUCAAUGGUUACUUGUCGUGCCAUUGGCAUUGGUGCCUACUUGGUGCGGCUGGGACAGAGAGUGGUCCAGGUGGAGUCCUCCCAUAUCAUCCUCACUGGCUUUGGAGCUCUGAACAAGCUGCUAGGUCGUGAAGUGUACAGCAGCAACUCACAAUUGGGUGGUGUUCAGAUCAUGCACAACAAUGGUGUUUCCCAUGAUGUUGCACCAAAUGACUUGGAGGGAAUCCAUACUAUGCUGCGUUGGCUGUCAUACGUUCCAAAGACAAAGGUUUCUCCACUGCCAAUACUGCCUCCUGUGGAUCCAGUGCACAGAGAGGUGACUUUUGUGCCAACCAGAGCUCCAUACGACCCUCGGUGGCUGCUUGCAGGACGGCCAUCACCGGCAAAUCAAGCAGAAUGGGAAUCUGGGUUCUUUGACAAAGAUUCUUUCCAGGAAAUUCUCCAACCGUGGGCACAAACAGUCAUCUGUGGCCGAGCAAGAUUAGGUGGCAUCCCUGUUGGCUGCAUAUGCGUUGAAACAAGAACAGUUGAGCUUAACUUGCUUGCUGACCCGGCCAAUCCCGACUCCGAGGCUAAGACGGUUUCACAGGCUGGACAGGUUUGGUUCCCUGACUCUGCCUACAAGACUUCCCAGGCCAUCAAGGAUCUGAAUCAUGAAGGCCUCCCCCUCAUCAUCUUUGCCAAUUGGAGAGGCUUUUCAGGAGGAAUGAAAGACAUGUAUGAGCAGGUAAUCAAAUUUGGUGCCUACAUUGUUGAUGCACUGCGAGAGUACAACCAGCCUAUUUUGGUGUACGUCCCUCCCUAUGCCGAGCUACGAGGUGGUGCCUGGGUGGUGAUUGACCCUACCAUCAAUGAAAGGCACAUGGAAAUGUAUGCUGAUCCACUCUCCAGAGGUGGUGUCCUGGAGCCUGAGGGUACAGUUGAAAUCAAGUUCAAGAGCAAGGACCUGGUGAAAGCAAUGUCACGGUUGGAUGCAACUAUCCACCACUGGAACAGGGCAGUUGCCCAGCCUGAGCUCUCACCUGAGGAACAAGCUAACAUUAGGAAGAAAAUCAAAGAGAGACAGGAACUGCUAAUGCCAAUUUAUCACCAAGUGGCUGUAACCUUUGCUGACCUUCAUGACACACCAGUGAGAAUGCAGGAGAAGGGGGUCAUUCAGGGGGUUGUCGCGUGGGUACAAAGCCGUCAGACCCUCUACUGGCGCCUGAGGAGGUUGUUGGCUGAGGAGAGAGUCAAGAAGGAAAUCAGAUCUGUCCAGCCGGAGUCUUCAGAUGGUCAGAUUGAUGCCAUGCUUCGACGAUGGUUCUUUGAGGAGAGAGGAUCUGUUGAGAUAUUACGGCAGACAACAUCCAUACCACAGUUUGCACCAAACAUUCUGGCUGUAUUUAGAUGGCUCCUUUGGUUACUGCUCUCGCUGGUUGCCAUCCUUGUUCCAACUCGGGUCCAGCGCGCGUUUGCUUCCUUUAACCCUCCUCCACCGCUCAUGGUAGUUAUUGAAAUGUGCUCAGAAUUUUGUUUGGGACUGGUUGUUGAUAUUCAGACUUAAAUUCUAUAUUCAUAUGUUGAACAUUCUCUUCAUUGCUUAUUUGUUUAUACUGGUAUGAUAUCAUGUAUCUUCAAGUAGUUACCAACAAACUACUGACAUUUUCAUUUCCAUUUUUACAUUUUGAAAUCCAUUAGAAUAUGCUUGUGCAUAAGAAUGUUUGUAUGGAACUGUGUGACACAUGCCACUAUAUAUUUUCCAUAAGUGGAUUAUUUGAUAACAGUGAAUGUUGAACAACAACAAAUUAAAAUGAAUACACUUAUAUUUUAAUUAAUGUGAAUGCUUGCCAUAAUCAAGAAAACUGCAAUAAGUU